UGGGGGCGCGUGGCUCCACUCACUCUCACAGCAGGACGACCCAAGAGCAUCAGCAAGACAAGAUGACUCACCAUUGCACCAAGUUCUCCGGCCACUGGAAGAUCAUUGUCUAUGAUGAGGAGUGCUUCCAGGGCCGCCGCCACGAGUUCACUUCCGAGUGCGGCAACGUGAUGGAGUUCGGCUUUGAGAGCGUGCGUUCCCUCAGGGUGGAGAGUGGAGCCUGGGUGGGUUAUGAGCAUGCCUCCUACCAGGGACAGCAGUUCAUCCUGGAGAGGGGAGAGUACCCCCAGUGUGAUGCCUUUGGAGGCAGCAAUGCUUAUCACAUUGAGAGAAUGACCUCCUUCAGACCCAUUGCCUGUGCUAACCACAGAGAGUGUCGUAUGACCAUCUACGAGCGCGAAAACUUCCUGGGCCGUAAGGGUGAGCUUAGUGACGAUUAUCCCUCCCUCCAGGCUAUGGGCUGGUGCAACAAUGAAGUUGGCUCUCUUAGGAUCCAGUCUGGAGCAUUUGUGUGCUACCAGUACCCAGGUUAUCGUGGCUACCAGUACAUCAUGGAGUGUGACCGUCAUUGUGGAGAGUACAAACACUUCAGGGAGUUUGGCUCCCACUGCCAAACCCCUCAGAUCCAGUCCAUCCGCCGUAUUCAGCAGUAACAACUUAACCUGAUCUCCAAUGUGACCCUUCACCCCAACCUCUCCCCCCGAUGCCUUCUGGUGCUGAAUAAACUGUUUUUCUUAAACCUCA